GGGGGUGUGUGAGAGGAAAAAGAUGCCGAAUCCUGGUUGGCUGGAGAGUAGAGGCUGACUCAGUGUAUCUGGAAAAGCAGCAUGUGACAGAUGCAAUUCUCAUCCCAGUCCUCGCCAUCAGACCAGGGGCUUGUUCGCCAUUGGCCCCGUUCAUUGGACCGGCAACGCGCGGUGCGCUAUAACACCAUGCUUUCCUUUGCCAGACCCAGCGGAGCUCUCUCACUAGUGCGUAUCACUUGCGCAUCGAGCAGGAGACUCAACCCAGACACACUUCAGCCCAGCGCAGAGAGCCGAGACUGAGGAAGAGGAAAGAACGAGUGAGCAGCUCUGCCUUACUCUCAUUGCCGCUGUACGGAAGAGAAGAGAGCGGGAUAACGCAUUUGCUGGAGGCUACUAUAAGAACCAGAGGCACACCAGAUAAAGCCCCCAAAGUGACUGUAACAGACCGAGCUGAAAUGACUGAUGUUUGAGGAUCCGAGAGGAUGAGGGAACACACUCGCUCCGUUCCUGACUGAGGGAAAGUGAGCUUGUGCCUUUCAUCUGAAACAGAGAAACAAAAGAAAAGGCUUGUUGGGUGGACUUGUUUCUCUCUCUCUUUGGCUGGACUCUGUGCAUGGAAGCUUCGGGUCCCCCAUGGCGUGUUACUACAUUGUCAUCAGCUCCACUCACCUCAGCAAUGGACACUUUCGAAACAUCAAGGGAGUUUUCCGAGGUCCCCUCAGCAAGAAUGGCAACAAAAACUUGGAUUAUGCUGAGACGGGGAAAACCUUGGCCAAAGCCCUGGAGGACCUCAAGGCCAACUUCUACUGUGAGCUGUGUGACAAACAGUAUUACAAGCAUCAAGAGUUUGACAACCACAUCAACUCGUAUGACCACGCUCACAAGCAGAGGCUGAAGGAACUGAAGCAGAGAGAGUUUGCCCGCAACGUGGCCUCCAAAUCCAGGAAGGAUGAGAGGAAACAGGAGAGAGCUCUCAGACGCCUACACGAGCUUGCUGAACAACGCAGAGAGGUGCAAUGUGCCCCAGGAAGUGGUCCUAUGUUUAAGUCUACUACGGUGGCAGUGGAGGGUUCUUUCAGGGAGUCCUGCUGUGAUGAUGCCCAAGAAGAGAACCACAGCUGUGCGGCUCAAGAUUCAGGGGGUCAGAUCCAUUCCAGCAGUUGUGGCUUAGCUAGUAAGCAGUCACCAUGGUCAUACAAUGGGAGGGCCAAAAAGCAAACUUUCAGACGCAAAAUUGCAUUCUCUUUUUCCUUUCCAAAGAAAGCAUCUAUUAAGCUUGAGUCAUCAGCGGCGGUAUUCUGUGAGAGUAUGGAGGAGGGAUCGAUGGAGCGGAGCCGCAGACAAAGACUCAGAGCACCCCCUGUCGAGCUUGACCUCCCCGGCUCCCCCAUUGAGGAAAAAGUACUAAAUUGUGAGGAGGCAAUUUACAGCACUGGCACACAGCAGGGCAAGCACUUCCAAGAAAGUGACAGCACCGGAAGUCAGGGGUCAUCAGAUAUGCCUGUGGCGAGGGAGAGCCCCUCGUCAACGGCCUCAGAUUUGUGUGCUUUGCUCGUUUACUCAGAGGAUGUGCCCAGUCCCGCCGUCUCCCUCAUAAACACUUCCCCCUUUCGUUUAAACAGUGCUGAUAUUGUUCUUGACUCUGAGGACUCUGUUGAGAGCCUGAAAAGCAGCAUUGCUGAAAGUAAACCUGAGACCUCUGAGGAUGUGACACUAGAGGACAACAGCAUUUCAGAGGAGGGGCACUCAACCAUCACUGAACCUCCGGAAAAGACUUUCUCAGAUGUGUCACCUAAGAAUGACUCUGCUCAAAAACAAACACAAGCGGAGGAUGCAACUUCAAAGACAUCUUACUCUUUCAUAAAACCCAGCCAGCCUUUUUUCUCUGUCCUAAGCAGAGAUGGUAACACCAUCUUCCAGUGGCCCUCCGAGAUGGUGACCUUUACAAGGACAGAGCCAUCCCUGUCUUUCAGUUGCAACCCCCUCCAUUUUGAUUUUAAGAGGUCACGGAUUAGAAGGUCUGCUGACACUCAGGAGAUGACUGAGCCCAAAACUGAUGAGGAAUUAUCUGUCUGCUCAGGUUUCAAAUCCUGCCACUCUGACAAGCACAUUGAGGAAUCCACAGCCAGCCUUAGAAACAGUCCCAGCCAAGGACCUGAAGGCAAGGUCAGAAAGUGUUAUCAGUAUUCAAGUGACACAGAGAGUUGUGUCAGGCUGAAAACACAUGACAGGUGUAGACAUUCAAAAGAUUGGAUUCAUGCAAGUAAGAGGGCGGAAAAGAAAUUGCGGACCAGGGAUCGACGUCAUUACAGGAGCCACUGCAAAAGGAAGCGAAGAAGACGGAAGAGGAGGAGAGACAGAUACCGGGAAACAGAAAGCAAUAUGGUGAAAUCUAAGAAAUUCCACAGACGACCUGAGUGUGUGGAAGGACUUGAUAGCCAAUUUAGCGGCACCACUUCACAGCAAGUGCAUCCAUUAGAGAAGUCAAAGCAAUCAGCUCAAAAUCAGGCUGAGGACAGCAGCACAGCUCCCGUAGUUGAGGAAGGGUUGGGAGGCAGGAGGCAGGAGGCAGCAGCCGAUGUAAACGGCUCAGCGGGCUGCACCAUUCUCUCUGAUGAGUUCUGUGCUGAUGGUGAAAAGGUGCUUAGAAACAGCAGGGAAAAGCCUGACAAUCCAACUGCAGGGGAGCUAACGACCAUAGGACAGUGUUCUCGCAGCCAGGACACAUCUCACUCUCAGAGAUCCAGUGCAGCUGAAGGGUGCCGAGAGGAGACACCUUCAUCACCAGAGACCAACAGAGAUGGACCGUGUGAAGGACAAAGUUCGAAAAGACGACGAACAGAUUCUCUAAGUGAUGGAGAUGAGUCUUAUGACCCCUGUCAGUCGCCGGCAGAGAUUUCUGAUGGGUGCACAGAACUUACCUGUUGUGAGCAAGGGAUUGGGAGAAAAAGGAAGAGGCGGUCACAUGUCCAAGAUCAAACCCCAUGUCUUGCAAAUGAAUGUCCUGUUGUUAAAAACAGUGUUCUGGAAGAACAGGACAAGGCUGUGGAGGAGUCAAGCAUAAAAUGCCUUGUUUUAAAAGGCGUGUGUGACAGCUCGAAUGGGUCAGACCAAAUCUCAUGCAGUAUUGAUGAUGUAGAGAGCAGUGCGGUUGAUCCUCAGACAUUUACUUCCAUUAGCAGUGCCCUGGGUCAUACUGUGGUGGAGAGCAGUGACUGGCAACGGAGCUCCUCCUCUGAGAUCAAUGCUUCAUGCACCAAGGACAGUCUAACUCUACUGGAGACAGAUUCAAAGCUCUCGAAAGAGCCGACAAAGGAGAGUAGUAACAUCCUCAGUAGCGAGUCUAAAGCAGCACAAACCCCCUUAAAGAACUGUAACAAGUAUUCAGCGGCUGCUCAGGCCUGCCUGCUCGAUGUGAGAGAGUUAGCCCUGCAGAGGACUGAAAAAGCCACUCACGACAAAUCAUGUCAGCACAGCAUUCAAACCCCACCGCAGAGAUUUCACCUAGGCAUUCAGGCUGAGGAGAAGUUGAGCAGGGAGUGCUUCCACACCACCAGCAACCUGUUCCAACCCUCUGCAUCUUUUCAGGCCCCCUCAGAAAGCAUGGAGAGACACUGUCUCCUGCAGAUCCAGAGCCAUGGACAGGUGCUACACCAGCAGGUGUUCCCCACCAAGCUCAAAUCUGUCCUAUCCAGGCCACAUCUGCCCAUGUCAUCUGCUGUUCUCCAUCCAGUUCACCUGCCAUCCUCCUUGCCUUCUGGCUCCAUCACAAUACGUCACACCAUUCUACAGCACCACAGUGCUUUUCUGCCCCCGCAACCCCCUAUCUACCCCCAGGUAGUGCCUGUUUCUCGACUCCCCCUAGGGCCGGAGAUCUGUCGGCCCGCUGCACCUCCCUUCGUGACCCCUCCGCAGGUAUCGGUAGUGGCUCCCCCUAGUAUUCACCCAAUGACUGUGACGUUUCAUGCCCUGCCACGACCUGCCAUGUUUCCGCCCAUGUUGCCCCCUCAUCAUGCUGUCAUUCCCCUUCAGCCUCUCUUCUAGCUCCACAGCUAUUUCUGUGUGUAACAAAAAAUGUAUUUUAUACUGCAGUAUAAAAUAAGCAUAUACAACUAAGGCAAUUCCCCUUCUUAAUUCAUUAAUAUUUUUGGUUUGAUUUACAUAUUACAUGUAGAAAAAAACCCAUUACAAUCCAUGGUGAUAAAAUGCUGGUAAUAUGAUUAAUUCUAACAAAUAUUUAACUGAAAUUUAUUGAAAUCUUGCUUCAGGGUAACUCCAAAACAGAAGUUUGGUUUUGUUAGCAAAGGAUUCAAUUUCUCCUGCUUGCAUCAGAUGAAAGAGAUUAAACUCAAGAGAAGGAUUCAUUUACUUAUUUAAAAUACUAACUUCUAAGAUAUUUGAAUCCAAAAGCAAGUCAAGUUAGCUAGAGAAGAACAGUUGAAAUUCUGUGUCUUUGAAUUCUCACAAUCCUUUUAUUUUCAAAGGAGAUGUGUUGAACUGGAAUAAAUGACUUAGCUUUAUUGAUUUUGCAAAUAGCCAUAUGGAAAGUAGACUGUACUUAAUUCUUGAUAAUUAUGCUCAACCAUAUGUUUUUUUAUUAGAUAUCUUUUUAUUUAAAACAGAAAAAUGAAUAAAUAAAAAGCUAUACAGCUUCACAAUGAUAUUGCACCACCGCUAGUGAACAGGACUUAGAAAUCAAGGUUAUUUCAAAUUAAACAAUAAUAACAACAAUAAUAAAUAUUAACAGGUAAUAGCUGUAUUCAAUGCCUAAUGAGUAAAUAAUAAUAAUGAAUCUGUUAAUGUUAAGUAGACUGAUUCUAUAUUAGAAAUGCCCCAGUGGAGGAAUUUAAGCAGAGCUUUUUUUUUUUUUUUCUGAAUAUAUUAAAAGCAUGUAAUUUCAUUACUUAAUGUACACAUUUGCAUCAAAAUGAGGUGGUCUAUGAAAAUAAAAGUGGUGUAGAGAAAGAGAGAGACUGGUGUUUCUGUAACAUCUGUUCAACAAAGCCCCGAAUACCACCAGACUGCCCCUUCUUAAUGUUGAUUCUUGAAUCCUAAACACAUAGGAAAUUGUGUAAAUGCACAAUGUUAUACUUUUUUUUCCCGCAGUCGAAAAAACAUGCUUUGGAAAAUUGUAUAUGCUGUAAAUCAGUACUAUUUAUAAAUCAUGUAAUAUGUAAUGUACAUGUACAUAUGUUUUAUGUUUUUAUUGUGCCAGGUACCCUGUAUGUAUGAAUUAUUUAGAUAAGAUAAAACAACUAUGUUUUUUACGCCACUUUGCCAACUGAAUGAUGCUAAAGUACUAUGUAAUAAAACAAAGAAACUA